AUGGCCUGGCAUCGCCACUCCACUGCCAGCCUGCCUGCGGUGAAGGGGCGUCAGCGUGCAUUGCGGUCUAGCAGAAGGACGUCCGGCUGGGUGCCUCGACAGAAUUUCUUUGACCUCGUGCAUGGCGAGAACAAGGCCAGCUUCCUGAACACAAUAGCCUGGGCAGCUGAGCUCUACUAUCGCACUGCGGGAAUCAGGGCCUCCGACUUCCAGUUCCUCUUCCAGCUGGUCAAGUUCCUCGAAGACUACGCAGGAGUCCCCAAAGAGGCCACGCAAGAUGCCAGGAUAGAGAUUAAUCUCAGGGAAAAGUGCAAGAGGGAGGACAGCACCUGGGCGCAGUUCAACCGCACCUGCAGAGAGCACAACAAGAUUGGCUUCUUUCACAAGCGCAGGCCAGACCUCAGAGCCCAAGGGGUUCCGCCGGAAGACGAGGAAGACGUGCUAGAGACUGAGUGGGCGGAAUUCGAAGCCCAACAGGCAGCAGUGCGCGCGCGCUUCGUGCGGACAGGAGAGCAUAUCCCGGAUCCGGUCUCCCCGCCUGGAGUGUCAGAGAUCUUGGACACAAGUGCGCGCGCGAACGACUCGAUCCAGAUCGUCGUCCCAAAAGUCAGUGUCCUGUCAAGGGCAGAGAAGGCGGCCGUCAGAUUGGUGAGGGAUAGAGUUCUGAGCGGCAGGGAAAUCUCCUGGCACGAGUUCGAGAGCAGGCAGCCUGCGUCGCGGUAUCCUAACCGCCUCUCAAAGCCUCAGAUCCUCGCCCGCGGCAGCGAAGCUCCCGUCGACGCAAGUUCCUGA